AUGUCCGUUGGGUCCAUGAGCUGGCAUGGAAGAACCAUCUUACGUCCAGCUUUACCGGUCCUCCGCGCUUCCUACACACCAUGGCUCGUCUCUACGCGAUGGGCGUCCUCUGGGCGAUUACGCCACAAACCAACAAGAAUGGCUCUGUCUCCGAACGUAGCCAGGGACGAUCUCAAGAAGAGAGGCCGAGCCCGCAGUGAAAGGGGCCCAUGGUCAAACCUGAACCAGACCACGCCACGCCUUCGUGGGGAUGCAAAGGCCAGAUCAGACGCUGCCAUCAAACGUUCAUCCCGCGGACGAGACGGGGAAGAAGGGGAGAAGAAGAAAAAGGAAGAAUCGCCGUUAUACAAAGCGUUGAAGAUGCAGACUACACUGUCUCCGUUGAGCUACGGUUUGCGAAACGUGAUCAAAGAACGAAUAGCCAGCAUCAUGAACUUUGACCAGUUCAAGCUUCUCCCUGUCGUACAAGACUCGAUCCUUACGCAAGCCCUACCCGACCUUGUCGAUGUCACACCCACCCCUAUUCAAAGCGUCGCCAUCCCCGCGCUAUUACUUGAUGGAGAUAACAAGAAACCCACGAAGAAGAAGAAAGCAUCCGAAUUACAAUACAAUUAUGAGCAGUUCCUAUUGGCGGCAGAAACAGGAUCCGGCAAGACUUUGGCCUAUUUGGUACCUAUAAUCGACAAUAUCAAGCGAACAGAAAUGGCAGAAAAGAUAGAGGAGGAGAAACAAUUAGCUGAAAAGGCAAAGGAAAGCGAGAAGAGAGCCAAGGAGCGCCAUAACGAACUCGAGCCUCCCGAAUUGUCAGAGAAUCUCACCACCUCGGCGGGACGACCAAGGGCUAUUAUCUUGCUACCGACAUCAGAGCUGGUUGCGCAGGUUGGCGCAAAAGUCAAGGCCUUUUCUCACACGGUCAAAUUCCGUUCCGGGCACAUUGCAUCUUCCGAUACGCCACGCAAAAUCCGCAGUGUGGUUUUCAACCCUUCUGGUAUCGACGUUCUCGUCUCCACGCCACAUCUUCUGGCAUCGAUUGCUAAGACUGAUCCAUACGUUCUGAGCCGUGUUCAGCAUAUCGUUGUUGACGAAGCCGACUCACUUUUGGACCGGUCAUUUGGAUCUAUAACGACCGAGAUUAUCGAUAAAGCCUCCGGAUCGCUGAAACAGUUGGUCCUUUGCUCCGCCACUAUUCCGCGCAGUCUGGACACUUUCUUGCGCAAGAGAUACCCCGACAUUCGUCGUCUCGCUACGCCAAAUCUUCACGCCAUUCCACGACGAGUCCAGCUCGGUGUUGUAGAUAUCGACAAGGAGCCGUUUCACGGCAAUCGCAGCCUUGCCUGUGCCGAUAUUAUAUGGUCUAUAGCCAAAUCAGGCGAAGCAGAAUCAAUGGGCGAGUACAACCCUUUCAUGGAGAAGGAAGUCCGAAAGAUCAUUGUGUUCGUCAACGAGCGUGAGGAAGCCGAAGAAGUUGCCCAAUUCCUGCAAACUAAGGGCAUUGACGCCAUCCCCUUUUCACGGGACUCCUCGAAACGCUCACAGGAGAUAGUCGAAGAGUUCACCACACCCAGGCGUCCUCCAACUACAGAGGAGAUCAUGGAGAUGCAGAAAAUGCGUCGCAUACAAAAAUCAUCCGUCCCCUUCGUUCUAUCUGAUGAAGAAAAGGAGAUUGGAGUCAUGAAACGCCUACCGAAUACUAAGGUCAUGGUCACCACCGACUUGGGUUCUCGUGGUAUCGACACUUUGCCCGUCCGCACUGUGAUUCUGUAUCAUGUCCCUCAUACAACCAUUGAUUUUAUCCAUCGGCUGGGCCGUGUUGGAAGAAUGGGUAAACGUGGUCGCGGUAUCGUGCUCGUUGGUAAGAAAGAUCGCAAAGACGUGGUGAGGGAAGUCCGUGAGGCAAUGUUCCGCGGUCAGGCUCUGAUUUAA